AUGGCUGGUUUAGCGGAGUUGAUCAAACUUGUGAAGCAGUUUCCCUUGUUGUACGAUCCUGCGGACGACAAUUACACAGACGAAGCGAAAAGGGAUGAGGCGUGGACCAAGAUCGCGAUGCUCAAAAACAGCACAAGCACGGAAGUAAAACGCCAGUGGAAGAUAAUGGAAGAUAGCUUCAGGCAAUGUAAGACCAUGGACGCAACAAAGAGUUGGAUGUGCUACGAUGAAAUGGUAUUUCUUGAUGAUUACUUGCCAAAGGCGCCCAAGAUCGAACCCAACAGCGAUCUAGUAGAAACCAACCAAGAUCAACCCUUAAUUGUUAGAACUUCCAUCGUGCCAGGAAUGGGACCGAGCGUUCAAUCUCGUUCCGUGCCGAACGCUAACCUUAAUCACACAGAGAACCAUUCUCCGGAACCGGCUUAUCAACCGGCAGACAAUGGGUCCAACCACUGUGAUCAGGAUGCCAUCACGGAGGAGGUGGGAAAUCGAUCCAUGAUUCAAGAUAAAGUCCAAUCUCCUUCGUUCAGCCAGAAGCUGCCGAGGGAAUGUGCUGUAAAGCAACAAGCGCCCGAGCAAUUGCCUACUGUAACGGACGGUACUGCUUCACAGAAUUUGAGGGCUCGUAAUAAAACACCGUCAAGAUUAUCCCAACCAAGCACACAAGGCCGACCAGGUUUACGACAGCCUUAUGGUGUCACGGUACCAAAGAACAGCAAAAGACCAAUCCGGGCCGCUACCGUUGGACCACCAAAGAAGCUCGAUCCCAUACAGCUGCUGUUCAGUAGUUAUACUGAACAAUUUAAACAGUUUAAUCGACGUCUUCAAGGGCGCCUGAGUGUGCAGAUUGCGCAGCUGUUUGCUGCGGCUGAUAACGAACAGGCCCAGUAUGAGGAGUGUUUAGGUGUAAUUCAAAGCGCAGCCGAUAUCAAAAAUCAGAAAAAGUAAUUCCAAAAAGGAAAAAAAACGGCUAGCAUAAGAUAAGCACGGUGACCAUAACCGGGUUUGAUGAAAUGAGAUAAAUGAAAAACAUAACAGUGAACUUACUCCACAUAAAGCAUCCAGCGAUUUCAAUGUUCUUUAUUCCAUUUUCCCGAGAAAACAUUUUGCUCAUCGAAAGCAUCAAACACUAGAAGAGAGAAAGAGAGAUCUACAUUCUGGGAGGAUGAGUUUGUCCGAUAAGUUGAUUCUUUGUGUUCAAUUGUAAUUCAAAUUCAUUCGCCACAAGCAAAGCAGCAAAAUGUUUCUUCGUGUUGCUACUACAUUUCAGUAUCGAUGAAAAGUUACUGGCGCAAGUAGUAUUCAUGUUUUUUCGGCGCUCACCGUUUUCGACUUUUGAUCACUAUUUACAUUAUACGUUACGGUUGCUUCAUUUGCGUUCGUUGGUACACGAAAGCAUCGUAAAAACGCUUGAGUUUAAGUCAAAAGAAAAAAUUACGCCCAGGGCAUAAGUGGUUGGCUAAAAUAAAUACUAUUGCCAGCA